AUGGAAGAAUUAAUCGGACCUGACGUAGAAGUCGUGUUGGCUUUGAAAGAAGUCACCGACCUUGGAUUUAUAAACACUCCAGUUUUUAUGAUGGCUACAUUAUUAGAUAAUCAAAUGGAAACAGAUUUGAAACAACCCGACUCUGUUGUAAGAUUCAAUGUUGAUUUAAUUUGGGAAACGAAUAAAAUAAAUUUAAAAAAAAUGAGAAAUAAUGGAGUUCCAAUAAAGAUUAACUUAUUUAAAUAUUACAACGAAAAUCAAAAGGAAAAAUUUGGUUAUGUUGUCGUUAAUUUACGAUCAGCUUAUUAUGUACAAAAAAAUAAACCUGCUAAAAUUGUCGAAGAAAAUUUUAAAGUUCUCGGACUUGGAAAAGAAUCCAAAGGAUAUUCACCUCAUGUUUUAUUAUCUCUAAGAAUACAAGAUAAAGUUUUAAAUGAUAACGAUUUUCUUCAGCAAGAAAACAUUGUACCUGUUUAUGAAUCUCUCUGUGAUAAAAAUGAAGAAGUUGAUCAAAUGAAGAAUAAUGAAGAAAAAUCAAACGUUCCGGUUAAUAAUGAAAAUCCAGUAAAAUACGACAGUGGAGAUGUGGGAACUUUAAACCAUGAUGAAAUUUUAUCGUGGAAAUUAUCAGAACAUGUCACAUCACCAGCGAGAAGUCCUAGAACAAAACAUAGCAUUACCUCAUGUGUCGAAGACAAGAAAAUUAAUUUGACAAAUUAUGAAAAGAAAAAUUCAUCAGGAGAUUUACAACCGCAAAAAAAAUGCGUACAAGCAUUUCACACGUACAAAUUAAAAAUUUUUUUAAAAAAUGUUAUUUGGUAUAUAAUACCACCAAAAUUUAAUUUCCGGUUUCAUCAAUCGAGAUCAGAAGUUACUUUUACUGCUCAUCCAGAAAUAACAAUAGAUAAAGCAAACGAACCGGUUGAGCUUUGCGAUAUAGAAGCCACGUUUAUUUUUUUAGAAACCCCUUCGGAAUUUUUCAAAUUACUCUCGACCGUACCACCAACGAUUUCCAUGUUCUGGAACGUGCAAAACAGACCAACCAUAAUCGCAAGAGGUAUAUUGGAUACGCAGAAAUUGGUUUGCGAUGGGAGUGAUGGCUUUUACUACAUCGAUCUCAUAGAAAUCAAAUCUCACGAGGCUCUUGGAAAAUUAUGUUAUUCUGCAAAUUUAACGGAUUGCGGUCCUCAGAUAAUGAAAGAUGUCACACUGAAAGUAAAAUCGUCCACGUUGGUAGAUGAAUCUGAUCUCCCACCCGUAUUUAUGGAUACCGUUACGGAUAAAAUUGUCGAUGAGUUGGAAGAAUGGAAAGAAAGACAAAAAGAUAUUUUCCAACAGAAAUUUACGGCUCAAUUGAAAACGGAAAUACAAGAUUUGAGAACGGAGUGGAAAAAUAGAAAGUUGGAAUUGGAGGAAAAAUUAAAUGAAAAAAUGGAACAGUGUCGGGAAUUGGGGAAUUCCCUAAUCGCGGCAACAGAAGACGUGAAACAAAAAAAUCGGGAAUUUUUAGAAAAGGAAAAAGCUUUGGAAUCCGCCAAAAAUGAAUUGGAAGUCAGAUAUUUAAAAUUGUUAACCGAGAAAAAUGAAGAGGUAGACAAAUUAAAAUUAGAAUUGGAAAUGACAUCAGGUGAUAAUAUGAAUAGAAUAAGCGAAUUGGAAAAAGAUAAAAAAGAACUCGGAGAACAACUCAAAGCCGUUCAGUUGGAAAAUGAGAGGCUCAAAGAAGCUUUAAAUUUGACCGAAAAAGAAUUUGAAAAAAAUAGGAGAGCUUGUUUGUCGCAAGAACAAACGGCUACACUUUUACAAGAUUUGAAAACGAUGCAGGAAAAACUUGAAACGGCAAACAAUUCGAAAUUAUUUUUCAAAGAACAAUGGGGACGAGCCGUGAGAGAAAUUCAUCGUAUAAAAUCCGAAUACACGAAAAACAUUCAAGUUCAAUUGCAAUAUAGAAAAGACGAAUUGAAAAAACUCGGUUUGGAACAAUUGUGCAUGAAUGAAAAAAGUAAAAAAAGUAUUUUCGACGGUGAUGACGGAUUGAUGGAUGCAAAAGAUUUUUUAGGCUCAGACAUGGACGUGAGAAGUAACAUGUCGGAUUUGGAUUUUCCCUACAAAUCGAAAUCGAAUUACGAAUCGUUUAGAGCGAGCAUGGAUUUGGUUAGAGAGAGCAACACUUACCUUCUUAAAAACAAUCAGGAACACGAAGACAGAUUGAAUAAAUUGAUUGAAGAAAGGGAUAAACUGCUGAGCGACGAAAUGUGUCAAAUCGACGAUGAAAGAGUCAUCAAAUUGAACAAGGAAAUUCGACACCUUUUGGAAUAUUGA